AACUAUUCUCUUUGUUGCAUGUUAUUGCCCCAACAUCAAAUUUGAUAUUCUGUCUUAUUAUGGAAAGAGAAAACUUAUUAGACAUACUUAGUAAGGAUGUCUCAUUCAAAAACUACUCUAAAUCCAAGGAUGCUCCUUCAUUAUUAUCUUAUCUUUGCACGCUUUGUUUUACAUAUCUUGGAAGGAAUAUUUGGAGAUAAACUAAAGUGUCAAGCCAUCCAACCUUAUUUUCUUUUUGGCCAGUUAGGGAAAUAGAAUCAUUCCACCAUUACUUAUUUCAUGUCAUCUGAGGAGGUUGUUUCUCUAACGACUAAAUGAUCAUAUAUGGUACACGGCCCUAUUUGGGUUUGCAAUGCAUAUUUAUUGAUUUUUUUUUUGUGAGAAAUCUAUUCUCUGAAAAAUCCUUGAUCUUUCAGACAUAACAAGGAGAAUUUCUUCUCAGGUUUGAGCAUUGAUAAAUUUAUAUGUAGGCGAAUUGAUGGCCUUUUUUACUUUGUGUGCUUUCUUAAACUUGAUUUUGAUGCUAGAUAUCUGAAGAAAAGGUUUUUAUCUUUGGCUAUUCAGCUUUGUUGGGCUGAAAUGAUCUGGUGUCACAUAUCUUACUGUAAGUUUAGCCCCUGACAAAUUGAGUCGCAGAGGAAGAUACAUGAACAAUUAAUUUUCAACUGGAUACAUUAGUUGAGUUCAGUUGAAGGUGGUGUGUUGUGUGCAAGAAAGGAGGAAAAUCUUAGCCAUUUGCUUAUUUACUGUCAUGUGGCAGUGGGGUUUUGGACUGUGAUCGCUACUUGUCUUAGAAUAUGUUGUGUGCUUCCAUGUUCAAUAUUAUUCCUGGAAAUCUGGCAACGAAAGGUCGUGACCAUGGUAAAGAAUAUAUGGGAUUUGCUUCCUCGUGUUCUAUUUUGAUUGAUUCGGACAGAGGAAGGAGCAAACAGAGGAGUUUACAGAGGGGAUGCUACCUCCAUUAUUAGUUCUUAAAGCAAAUGCAACAUUUCCGGACAAGACUCCAGCUUCAAGUGCUCCUCUCUUUGAGCAGCAGCCGAAUGAAGCACCUCCUGCAGUGAGUUCUCAUAGAACCGCAUCACUUAGGCAACUUUCUAGCAAUUUUUCCCAAUUCAACAAUUUACAUUCCCCACUCCGUUCAAGGAAAUCAUUGACCAGAAAGGAAGCUGCGGCUAUAAAUGAAUGGAGGUUUUCCAAAUUGAAGGAAUUCAAGGAUAGAAAUAUUGAAGUGGAAAAUGAAGCUUUUGAUCGGUACAUGCAUAAUAUUAGCCUACUGGAAGAGGUAUUCUCUUUGAAAUCUUUCCUAGAAGGCUCCACUGAGGAUGGAUCACUCUCUUCAAACCACGACCAUGCAUCUGCAGAGGAUGAUGACACAGAGGAAAAGAUGGUUUCAGAGCAGAAGUUGAAGCUUCGGUCAAAUCCUAGAAGGAGUGAGAAUGUCCGUAAGAGGCUACAACAACUUGUUGAUGGAGGAUUGAAGAAGCUUCAGAAACUCGAGUUGAAUAAUGGCAGUGUUAAUAACCAAAAUGAACUUGAUAAAAGGCCGGAGAAGGCAAAAGGUUUGAGGGCGGAGAGGGCUUCAGCUUUAAGUGAUCUUAUUGACAAGCUCAACAAGGCCCGCAACGAAGAAGAUCUGAAUUCUUGCAUGGAGAUAAAGGCCCAACUUUCUAGUCAGCACACUCGGUCUAGAACAGAAACCAAAGAUGUUGAGGUAUCGAAGGAGCAAAUUGCCAAAAAUGACUUGGCACCACCACAAAAAGAAUUAGAUUAUUUUUCGCAAAAAUUAUUUAGAACAGUGGAAAUUGACCAUCAAGCUCUGACAAGUAUAGAUGCACACUUCUCUUCCCUAGAAAAGAUAGAAGAUUUGUGAUGCGGUUAGGUCUGUUAAUAGAGGAUAGAGAUUAGGUUAGUCUAGAAGAUAGAAGCUAUGCUUUAAUACUGAUCUAGUCUGGUGGCCUGAACUUUUCUCAACUAGUUUUGCCCAUUCGUCGUUGAUAUGGAAAUUAGUAAGAUCCACGUGCCAUGUUUUUUCUUUUGCA